AUGCAUAUUUCACUCUGGAAACCGAUCAUAUCCCACUGUUCUUUUUUAAUUUCCGAUAAAAAGAACAGAAAAAAAGAUGGUAGCCAUGAAGAAAUCAACAGAAACCCAUCAGUUCUUCGAAAAUUACAAGAAAACAAACUCAGAGAAGCUCUCGAACAAGCAUCUGAAGAUGGGUGUCUCGUUAGAUCCCAAAGUAUGGAUUCUUCAGACUCCAUCGACAUCGAAGAUAAGAGUUUGGGAAGAUCGAGAUCGUUAGCAAGACUACAAGCUCAAAAAGAGUUCCUGAAAGCUACAUCUCUUGCCGCCGAAAGAACAUUUGAAAUCCAUGACGCCAUUCCCGAUUUCAAUGAAGCUUUUUCCAAGUUCUUAACCAUGUACCCGAAGUAUAAAUCAUCUGAAAAAAUCGAUCAACUGAGAGCUGAUGAGUAUUCGCAUUUAGCUGAAACUGUUUCAAAGGUAUGUCUUGAUUACUGUGGAUUUGGGUUGUUUUCGUUUCUUCAAACUAUUAAUUACUGGGAAUCUUCAACAAUCGGUUUAUCUGAAAUCACCGCCCAAUUAAGCAACCAUGCUCUGUACGGCGGCGGAGAGAUCGGCACCGUCGAACACGAUAUCAAAACCAGAAUCAUGGAUUACUUAAACAUCCCGGAAAACGAAUAUGGCCUUGUUUUCACAGUAAGUCGAGGCUCUGCUUUCAAACUUCUUGCUGAAUCUUACCCUUUUCACACAAACAAAAAGCUUCUCACCAUGUUCGAUCAUGAAAGCCAGUCUGUUAAUUGGAUGGCUCAAAGCGCCAAAGAGAAAGGUGCAAAAGUUCAUAGCGCUUGGUUCAAAUGGCCGACACUGAAACCGUGUUCAACCCAUCUCACGAAGAUGAUUUUAAACAAGAAAAAGAGGAAGAAAGAUUCAGCCACUGGGCUUUUCGUGUUUCCUGUUCAAUCGCGAGUUACAGGUGCUAAAUACUCGUAUCAAUGGAUGUCAAUGGCGCAACAAAACAACUGGCAUGUAUUGCUUGAUGCAGGAGCUUUGGGUCCGAAAGAUAUGGAUUCUCUCGGGUUAUCUUUGUUUAGACCCGAUUUCAUUAUCACUUCGUUUUAUAGAGUCUUUGGGUUUGACCCGACUGGAUUUGGGUGUCUUCUUAUAAAGAAAUCAGUAAUCGGAAGCCUUCAUAACCAGACAACUCAAACCAGUUCCGGCAUCGUAAAGAUCAGUCCGGUUUUCCCUCUGUACAAUUCCGAUUCCGUCGACGGAAUCCCUGGAUUGGCCGGAAUCCAAGAUGUUGGAGUCGCCGGAAAACGCGAAGGGAUGCCGGAAAGUCGUCAACUACCGGCUUUUUCCGGCGCUUUCACUCCUUCUCAGGUGAUGGAUGUUUUCGAAACAGAAAUGGAAAGCUCGAUUUUCGAAGAUUCAAACAGUAUUUCCGUUGGUGAAGUUAUGAAAAGCCCUAAUUUUAGCGAAGAAGAUGAAUCCUCUGAUAAUUCAAUCUGGAUCAAUCUAGGCCCAAGUCCUUACGAAUCACAAGCCCAUUCAACCCACAUUUUGAAAAAAGAAGAAAGCCCGGAGAUACAACAAGAAUCCGAAGCAAACAGGCCUGGGCCUGGGCCUGCAGUUAUACAAAGGGAAACCGAAGGUGAGUUUAGAUUACUUGGAAGAAGGGUAUUGGAAGAAAAUGACGAUUUUACCCUUUGUGAUGAUUACGAAGGGUUAGAAUCAGAAAGACAAGAGCCCGGGAUAUCAUGUAGACAUCUUGACCAUGUAAACAUGUCGGGCCUCAACAAGACAACACUUAGGUUGCGGUUUUUAAUCAAUUGGCUUGUGACAUCUUUACUUCAACUUAGGUUACCGGGCUCAAACGGGUCAAUCCCACUUGUUCACAUAUACGGGCCAAAAAUAAAGUACGAACGUGGUGCAUCAGUGGCAUUCAAUGUUAGAAACCGAAAUCUUGGAUUAUUUAGUCCGGAAAUUGUUCAAAAAUUGGCGGAAUCUAAUGGGAUUUCACUAGGGGUUGGGAUUCUUAGUCAUGUAAGGAUUGUGGAAAAUACGAAAAAUCGUAUGAAUCUUGCGGACACGACAUUGUGUAGACCGAUGGAUGGGGGAUUGGUUAGGGCCGAGGUUGUGACUGCUUCACUUGGAUUCUUGACUAACUUUGAAGAUGUGUAUAGGUUGUGGGAUUUUGUUGCUAAAUUUCUCAAUCCUUCUUUUAUAAGAGAAUAUGGACUUUCGACUGUUGUUGAAGAUGAAGAUGAAGAGCGAUGA